CAGCUGAGUUCAUGUGUGUGUUCGUGCGAUCUAAAUGUGCAGUACGUCCGUUGUAUCUGACUAAGCGAUUAUGUACGAUUGGACGUUAUAACGUGAGAAAGUGAGGGAAUUUUUACAUAAAUUUGAUCUAUGUAGCAUUAGAGCGCAAUACAAUCGUAACGUUACAAACUUGUCUUCUGUCGCGUAACUUCCCCUUCAGAAUUAUUCAUGAAGUGAAUAAACAUUGCUGAUAACUUACCGUAAAUAGCAUUUGCGAGUCGGCGAAUAUUAAGUGCUGCUGCAACCUGCAUAAUAUGGAUAAGGAGGUCGAGGAAAAUCGAAAAGGUUAUAUAAAUGUCACUUGUGGAGAAGACUGUCACCAAUUCCGCGAGGUUAAUACACUAAUUAAAUCAAUUAAUUAAAUAACUACCAGCAUUGGACUUUGGCUUAGCAAAACGGACAACGAUUAUUAUUCAGCAAAAAUAUUCGUCUAUUAUGAAUAUAGUAUUGAUUAUGUGCUCAUGUUGUGUAUAGAAAAUUUAUAAAUUAUCACAGACUACAUUGAGAAAAAAGCGAUAAAUCAGAUGAAGAAAAACAGAACAUCUCUCCCGAAUCAUCAGAUAUAGAAGAUUCCGGGAUGGAAAGGCUGCGUAAAUUCCUAAAUCAAAAGCUGAAGCUUAUAGAUUCGUCAGAUAAUGACCAAGGUGAAGAAUCACAACAAAGAGUUCUUCGUGAACUCAGUGUAGAUGGAAUUGUAGAAUAUAUUAAAGAACAUGAAAGUUGUAAAAUUGUUACUAUGGCAGGUGCUGGAAUCUCUACCUCUGCUGGAAUACCAGAUUUUCGGUCUCCAUCUAGUGGAUUGUACCACAAACUAGACAAAUAUAAUUUGCCCCAUCCACAAGCUAUUUUUGAAUUAGAUUUUUUCAUAGAAAACCCAGAACCAUUCUUUACUCUUGCAAGAGAGCUGCUACCAGAAGGCUUCAAACCUACUUUAAGUCACUAUUUUAUUCGUCUCCUGUGGGAGAAGGGUUUGUUGCUGCGGCAUUAUACACAAAACAUUGAUACAUUGGAACGGGUAGCUGGAUUACCUGCUGAAAAAUUAGUGGAAGCCCAUGGAACGUUUCAUACUGGCCGUUGUCUUAAAUGUCGAGCACCGUAUACACUUCCAUGGAUGAAAGAAAAGAUAGCAGAAGGUACAAUACCAAAAUGUGAGGAGUGCGAAGAAGGUGUAGUAAAGCCUGACAUAGUCUUUUUUGGUGAGAUGUUGCCUGAACGUUUCUAUUUGCUCGCUGGCCGAGAUUUCGUACAAGCCGAUCUUUUAAUUAUUAUGGGAUCGAGUUUAGUAGUGCAGCCUUUUGCGUCCUUAAUAGACAGAGUACGAACCAAUUGUCCACGUCUGCUUAUUAACAAUGAGAAAGUUGGUAUGCAAGACCGUCUGUCGCGUUUCUUGGGUCUACGGCAGGGUUUAGUAUUCGACUCUAGAAAUGCUCAUUCAGGACGCGAUAUAGCUUUGUUGGGUGAUUGCGACACGGGUUGUCAAUUGUUGGCUGAUAAACUUGGUUGGGGGGAUGAAUUGCGAGCUCUUGUGCAAAGAGAACACGAACGUUUGAACGCUGAAAGCAGAAACGAGAAAUGAAUGACAAUGAUGGAGUAACAAUGAUAAUCGCUAGGGAACGCUAAGGAGGCGAAGGAAGAGAUCAACGUCUUAUCAAUAUAUUGUGUGUUAAUUAUUUAAGAAUAUAUAUAUUCGGAAGAGAAAAUUUUAAGGUAGGUAAUCUAUAUUGUUGGAACUGUAAUAAAACUUACAAUGUGUGUGAUUAAUGUAAA